AUGUUCAAUUCAGAUAUGAAGGAAAUCGAUGACCUGCAAGUGUUAGACUAUGAUGUAUUUGGAAAAUGUAAUGAUAUGAUGAGCUUUAUCAAGUCCACACACCCAAUUCUUAAAGAUGAUCCGCAGAUUAAUAGAAAAACUAAUGCAGUUGCAAAAUUAAUUAAUUAACUUAUAAAUUUUUUAAAAGAUUCAGAUAGUUCUAAUUUAUACAAUUUUCCAGAGUAUCAUGAUAUAGUGUACUUGCUGAAGAAUAACUUAUCUAAUAAUUUAAGAAUUCAAGCCAUAAAAUUGCAAUAGCUUGAAACAAGCAAUUAUGAAUAUAAGAAUUAAAUAUCAAAUUAAGCUUAAAAAAUUUAAAAAUUGUGUUAAGAUCUAUUAACUUAAGAUAAAGAAAAUUAAAAGUUACAAAAAGAGAUUAAAGCCUUAAAACAUCAAAUGUAAUAAAUGGAGGACUUGGAGUAUUAAAUAGAAAAAGCAAUGAAUAAUUAAAAUUAAGAUUUAAAUGAGAAUAAUAAUAUAUUAAAAAAUGAAAUCAUUUAAUUAAAGCAUAGUCUAGAACUGAAGGAAAACAAAAUUAAAUAUCAAGAAGGAGAGAUAAAGUUAUUGAAAAUACAAGUGCAAAGACUCCUUGAUGAUUAAAGGCAAGAUAGAAAACAUCACCUAUUUUAUGAAUAAUAAUAAAUAUUCAAGGAGAAUUAAGAAUUGUUAAAGAAAAUUAAUUAACUAUCAUUACAAAAUAAAUAUCAUGUUGUUUAAAAUGCUGAAAAAAGAAAAGAGCCUCAAAAUGAAGAAUAUAACAAAAAAUAGAUAUAAUACGCAGAAAAAUUGUAAAAUAGAAUUUUCAAUUUUCUUAAUUAAUUAUCCUUACAUGGCUUUCUGCUUAGUGCAUGGAUCGGAGCAUACGUAAUUAUUCAAUAUUUUAAAUGA